AUGGCGGGAGUGCUGGGACCCCAUCCGUGUGGCAGCCAAGGAUGGAAGCGCAACAGCCCGCGAAGCGUUGAGGGAUUUUGGCAUUUGCUUCUCGUCACAGUGAGCGACCGGGAGAUGUGCUACAUCGGCACCGAGCCCUGGAAGCCCAAGGAAGCUCUGCAGGACGACGGUGUGAUCACCGACAAGGCCGACAUCUUCCCUUUUGGGCUGACUCUCUGGGAAAUGAUGACCCUCUCCGUGCCUCACCUCAACCUGGAUGAGGAUGCUGAUGAUGAUGAGGACUCUUUUGACGAGGACUGCUUUGACGAGGAAGCCUACUACGCAGCCCUGGGAACCCGCCCGGCCCUCAACAUGGAGGAACUGGAUUCAUCCUACCAGCACAUGAUCGAUCUCUUUUCCAUCUGCACCAGCGAGGACCCCAAGCAGCGUCCCUCGGCCGCGUGCAUCGUGGAAGCCCUGGAAGCCAGUCUGGCCCCGGAAUAA